CAUUUAACAUAAUCAUGCUGACUGCCCCCGCCCAGUGCUGACAGACAAGUCUUUUUUACCUUUGUCCUGCCACAAGGACUGCUCAGACUUUGGAACCAGGGCGACAUAUCUGCAAGUCCCAGGUAAUCACCUACAGUAAGACUAGAGGUCUAUAAAAGCCUGAAAACACAAGCACAAGAAUUAGUCUUCAGAGAAAGAGGGAGACUCUUCUUAUUUGCCCGGAGCUAAACCCAUCAUGUGGGAUGCCAAGCUCUGCCUUUUGCUUCUUCUGGGCACAUACACGCUAGCCCAGCAAGAUGUGGGAAGUGCUGAAGAAGAAUCUCCGGUUUGCUUUUUGGCCAAAAGAUAUAAGAACUUCAACCGGUUUGUCUACAACUAUGAGGCCGAGACCUUUAACAGUGUAAAUGGAGCAACGGACAACAAGAGCGGCGCCAAAGUCUCCUGCACAGUUGAGGUCGACGUGCCCCAGAUGUGCAGCUUCAUCCUUCGCACGACGGAGUGUUCUCUGGGUGAGAUCUUUGAUGUGAAUGAUGAAGGGAAGCCAGUGUAUCGCCCUGCUGCUGGAGCUGAAGCUUUUAAAGCUGAAAUGGCCAAGAACCCAUUGAAGAUUGUGGUGGAAGGACAGACUAACGUCAAACUCUACCCUGAGGAUGAUGAGCCCGUCAACAUCCUGAACAUCAAGAGGGGAAUCGUCUCUGCUCUCAUGGUGCCUGACAUGGAUGAGAAGGAAAACAAACAAAUGCCCACAGUUCAUGGAGUGUGCUCCACCGAUUUCACCGUCAACUCCAGAGAGGACAGUGCUACCGACGUGACCAUCAGCAGGGACUUGUCUGCAUGUGACUGGUUCACUGCCCGCAGACAAGACACCAGUCCUCUGGCCCUCAUCUCAGGCAUGAACUACCCCCUGUCCAAGAUGAUCAGCAGCACUCAGACCUGUAACUACAAGUUUGACAGCCAGAAGAAGCACAUGACCAGUGGAGCCUGCACAGAGAAACACAUCUUCCUGCCAUUUUCCCACAAGAAUGAAUACGGAAUUUCUGCGAUGGUAAAACAGACCGUGACUCUGAAGGAGAUGGCCAGGACCAAUGACAGAGUCUUUGACCACAAUGAGGCCAACCUCAAGCACCUGCCCAUGGAUGUUACUGAUGACAAGUCCCUGACUAAGGAUGCUGCCAUCUCAACAAUGCAGAAGCUGAAUGAUCUGUCUCGUACCACUGAGAAUGAGAAGCGUGCUGGACUCUUCCAUGAGCUUGUGUCUGAGCUCCGUGGCCUGAAAGCUGACAUCCUGGGCUCCACUGUUAAUGAGAUGAUGGACAUCUCCAGUACUCUGACAUGGCAAGCUCUUGCUCAGUGUGGUACCCCAGAAUGCACUAGCACCAUGCUGACAGUUCUCAGGACCUUUGACACCGCUGCUCUUGAGGUCGAUACUGUUGUCUACGCCCUGGGACUGUUGUCUAACCCCUCUCGCACAAUGGUGAAAGACUUGCUGGCAAUGGCUCAGUACAAACAGAGCAAACCCAUCAUGUAUGCCUUGAGCCAUGUAGCCAGGAGACUGUACAUAUCUGAAGGAAUCACCCCAGAGAUCACCGCUGUCUCUACGUUUAUGGCCUCCCUUCUGGGUGAAGACUGUUCAGGAGAAAAGGAGCUGACCUUUCUGACUCUACGGGUUAUUGGUAACAUGGGAGAUGCAAUGGAGGCUGCUGACCCUACUAUUAAGGCCACCAUGCUGAAGUGCAUGAGACAACCUGCAACCACUUUGUCUGUGCAGCUGGCUGCCAUCCAGGCUUUCAGACGCAUGUCUGUGACAGAUGAGACUCGCGCCAACCUCCAGAGAGUCAGCCAGUACCCCAAGGGUGCAGUGCAGAAGCGCCUGGCCGCUUAUCUGAUUCUGAUGAGGAAUCCCCAGGACAGUGACAUUGAGAUGGUGAAGAAGCUUCUCACACAGGAGCAAAGCAUGCAGAUCAAGGCAUUUGUGUCCUCUCACAUCUACAACAUCAUUUCCUCAACUGAUUCUGAGACUAAAAUGCUUGGCAAAAAAAUCCUGGAUGCCCUUCAAGACACUGAUGUUGCCACACACAAUGAUUACACCACCAAAUCUCGCAACUACAAGCUGGGCGUAGCACAUGAGAGCAUGCUGGCCAGCAUUGAGGGCAAUGUCAUUUUUGAUCCUAGCAACCAGUUGCCAAGGGAGGUCUUGCUGGAAACUACCCUGAAAGCUUUUGGCUACAGCAUGGAUAUUUGGGAGCUUGGCAUGGAUGUGAAGAACUUUGAGCCAAGCAUUGAGGCUCUGUUUGGACAGAAUGGCUUCUUCCCUGACACUGUGUCCAAGGCUCUGUACUGGGCUGAGGACAAAAUGCCACCAAAGGUCAAAGAAGUUCUGGAGAAAUGGGUUGCUCCCCUGAAAUCAAAAGGACAAAAGGUCCCUGAAAAUCUUAUGAAAGAAAUUGUCCGCAACUUCAAUAAGCUCGUAAAAGAUCUGCAGAGUCAAGAUACCCCAGAGGCCAUGGCCUAUCUGAAGAUUAUGGGAGCUGAGCUUGGCUACAUUAAGGGCAGCGACAUGAAGUUUAUUGCCCAAAAUGCAAUGACUUAUGCAGAUAUUUUCAUGAGGAUAAUUCCUACCCAGGUCCUGACUAAGCUGAUAUCAAGCACUGACAACGAAAUGUUUGCUCACUACAUAUUCAUGGACAACAAAUUCAUCAUGCCAACUGCUUCUGGUAUGCCUCUGAAGUUUGGUCUGUCUGGCACCUUCGCACCUGGUGCUAAAGGAGGCAUUCAGAUGACUCCAAGAAUGAAAGAGCUGGUGUUCAGUCCCUCAGUUGGAGUUGAGUUUGUGACUCAGAUGGGUGUCCAUGUGCCUGAAUUUGUUGCCUCUGCUGUUGAGAUGCACACAAGCAUGUACCAUGAGAGCGCCUUCAAUGCCAAGAUCACCAUGGAAGAGAACCAGGUCAAACUCUCCAUCCCUGCCCCACAGGACACCACCAAGUUCUUCAGAAUCAGUAACAAAGUGCUGAUUGUGGGUGCUGGACAGGCCUCAGUGAUCCCACACAGACUGAGUGAGGCAAACUGCAGCCCUCUCUUCUCCGGAGUCAAAUACUGCACAACAAGACUUCACUUUGGUGACGUUGACAAGUCCACUGCUCCUUACUUCCCCCUGAAUGGAGAGACACUCUUUGCUGUUGACAUCAAGCCUACUAAAGAGGUGUCUGAGUACACAGCCACCAUUGCCUAUGAGCUCCUCAGUGAAGGAAAAGAUGGCCACCAGAAGGUUGAUUCUUUGAAAAUGACACUAAGAGCUGAGGGUUCUCAGCCAACAGAGGCAACAGCCACCAUGAAAUACAACAGGAACAGAAAUGUCUUCACCACUAAAGUCCAGAUCCCUGAUUUUGAUGUUGAGGCUGGUAUUAAGAUUGGCAUUACAGACAACAGUGCAAAGGGUAAAUCCAUCACGUUAGAGAUCUCCAACAAGAAAGUGCCCCAGCUGACUCUGAUUGGCCAAGCUAAGCUUCAGGCUAUGACAGAUGGCAUGCUGCAGGUCCAGCUGUUAGUCCCCUCACUCAGGACUGAUGCCACUAUCAGUGCUACUAUGAACAAAGCUGAGGGACUCACAAUGCAGAUCAAGAGUGAUGUUAAGCUCCCAGAAGUCACCUCUAUUCAGGCAGUUACCUUCAAAUAUGGUAAAGACCAGGCUGAGAUUCAGCUUAUGUCCAACAUGAAUGCGGACACGAAGAUCCCAGUGCACUACACUGAAGCACUUCGCAUCUGGCUCAGGCAGUUUUCAGAGAAAGUCAUGGACCAGCAGGUUAUUAACACCGACAUGAAACUGCGUCACAUCUUCAACAAGGGAAUUGAGGCCAGCAACAUCUGGAUGGACAAGAUCUCAGCUGAUGUUCCUUAUCUUAUGACUCUGAAGGAACAAAUUGCUAUGGUGGAAAUCCCCUCAGUGCCAGAAAACCUGUUCAUGAAUUUUGAAAGCACAUUCAGAUACCAGUUCAACCAGAACCGCUUCAUGAUAAGCAUCCCUCUGCCUCUUGGAGGAAAAUCAUCUGAGGAGCUGAGGAUACCUCCUGUCAUCACCUCCCCACAGAUUUCUUUGCCUCAGCUGGAGUUUGAGCUUGCCCCUCAGAAGAUCCAGAUUCCAAGUUUUACCAUCCCCUCUGACUGUGAUCUCACCCUGCCCCUGCUGGGAAUGAUGGAAGUGUCUGCCAAGGUCAACAGCAACUUUUAUGAUUGGGAGGGAAUGAUUAUUGCUGGUAACAGCACUUUAGACUCUCCCAGCUACGUGGCAAAGAUCAGCAUCAUGGCUGAAAGUCCAAUCAAACUUCUCUCCUUCUCAGCUGAGGGAAACACCAAAAUCACAGACACAGCAGCGGAAACUAUUGAACUCACACUUGAUGGAUUGCUGAACCACAUGCUCAUCACCACAGGUUUUAGUGUGCUGGAAAGCAUUGCUGUCACAGACAAUGUGCUGACAACAGGUCGCUACAACAUGCAUGCUAAAGCACCUUUGGGUCUGGACACCUCAAUGACCAUUACCACCCAGCUGACCCUAGACUCUACCAUGCUCUUUGGAGACGUUAACACAGACGGAAGUGUGACUGUUGGACCCAUGACUGCCACCACCACCUAUCUCCACACCUUCUCUGUUGAGCCAGCCAAGAAAGAAGUAAAGAUGGAGAGCACACUGAGGGUGACUUCUGAAAUCCUAAAGCUUGCACAUAAGAUUAAGGCAUCAUAUGAAAAUGAUGAAUAUCUUUUUGAGUCUAACACCAAUGUAAAUUGUGACCCCAUCAAGCACACUACUAAAAUAAACCUUAACUUCAAGGAUGCCAAGCUCUCAAUUCAGUCUGAUUCUGUGACCAAGGCUGAUGAGAAGAUGCAUCGUAGCCAGUUGGAGAUCUCUGCCUCUGGAGGUCAGGCAACCCUCAGGAUAGAGAACCAAGCUGAUGAUACACAGAACCGCGCCUACUCCUUGCUUACUGGAGCCUUAAACCCCUCUGGCUUGGAGAUCAAUGCCGAUGCAUCCAUGAACAUCUUCUCAAGCCUUGCCUCCCACAAGGCAACCUUGACCCUUAACACAAAUGGUCUGACAACCAGCUGCACCACAACUGCCCAGCACAGCCCUGUGACAUUUGAGAAUAUUUUCCAUGGUGGAGUGGAUACAUCUGGCGCCACUCUGUCUCUCACAACAAAGGGAGCCAUUCGUGAAAACAAAGCAGAGCUCACUGUUGAGGGAAAGCUUGCAAGCACAGAAGUCUAUCUCAACAGCAUGUUCAAGGCUAACCUCUUUGACAUCAACAGCAGGAACAGAGUGAAUCUUAGACUGAAUGAAGAUGGCUUGGUCCUCUCUAAUAACAUUGUUGGAUCUUUCAGGGAGAUAAGAACCGAAAAUACAAAUUCGCUGUCACUUACACUCAGGUCUUUCACCCUCCAAUCCAAGACUGACAACUUCCUUGACAAGAGCAACUCCUACAUGCAUGAUAUCACAGUCAACAUGGAGCGUUUCACUGCCUCAGCUAUUGUGAAAAAUGACCUGAAGGUGAUGUCGGUUAACUUUGUGAAUGAUGCCCUGUUCAAGGCAGAGCCCUACAACAUAGAGAUGGCUGGAACACUGAUGGGAACCUUCUCAGAAGAAGAGCUCAAGCACACUUAUGAAAUCAAAUUUGUUGACAUGAUCCUGUCUGCAAAGUGCAACACCAAUGGAAAGCUCCUGGGGUCCCACAUGACACAUAGCACUGACAUAGAGGUUGCUGGUCUAACUGUUAAGUUCAACAAUGCGGCUAACUUCAACUCACCAUCUCUACGUCUAGACAGCACUGUCAAAACUGUAGCUGCACCCUUCACUCUCAACAUCGAUGCAAUCUUCAACUCAAACGGUGCAGUGUAUCUGUAUGGAGAGCAGAGUGGUGAACUUUACAGCAAAUUCCUCCUGAAAGCAGAACCUACACUGUUCACACAGUCAUUUGAGUACAGAGCCUCAACUAGCCAUGAAAUAGCAGGCAGGCCCGCAAUCAAGACCAAUAUGGACAACAAGUUCAACAGCAUGCUAAGCCUCCAAGAGCAAAGUGUCAUACUGAAGAUAACAUCCACCAUAAAUGAGCACAAUUUUGACCAAGAAAUGACCGCUUAUAACAACGCAGAGAGAAUGGGUGUUGAAAUGAAGGGAGCAGUCUCGACUCCAUUUUUUGGUGAGAACAAACAGGAUUACGGCAUCUCCGGAUUUGUAAAGUAUGACAAGAACAGUGACAGCCACUUCAUCCAGAUCCCUUUCAUUGAACACCUGCCUGUAGUCAUUGAAAACAUGAAGACCACUGUGAUGAAAGUGUUGGAUCACAGCAUGGAGAUGCUCAGAGACAUCAACACCAGAUACGAGAUCAGUGCCAAGUUUCAGGGCAAAGUGGCAGAAAUGAAAGAUGUUAUUGACAAUUUUGACUUCAACCUCUUUGUUCAAGAUCUAAAAAAGUUUAUUAACUCUGUGGAGAAUUUCAUCACCAACAUGGCUUCCAAAUUCCCAACUGACAAAGUCAUGGAUCUGCUGAGAUCUAUCAAAAAUGAAGUGAGAGAAAUUAUUCAGAAAUAUAACAUUCCCAAUAGGCUCAAUGCAAUCUACACCAAAAUAGAAGAGUUUCUCUCCAACUAUGAAGUUGAAAAAAUGAUUGCUACCUUCAUGGAUGAGGUUGUCAAAAUCAUGAAGCAGUAUCAGGUCAGAGAGAAGAUUCAGGAUGCCUUCAAUGCCCUCAGGUCAAUUGACAUCCAGCCUUUGCUGAAAAAAGUUAUGAUGCCGGUUCAGGAGCUUGUGGAUGAGCUAUAUUCCUUUGACUUCAAACAAUUGAUUGAUGACAUGAGUGAUUAUUUCAUUAGAAUGAUCCAGAAACUCAAAUCCUUUCAUUAUGAAACCUUCUCCGUGGAGCUAAUGGAAAAAAUGGCAGAGAUGAGCAAGAUUCCCUGUUUUGGAAAACUGUAUAGUGAGUUAAGAAUCAUCUCACCUCACUAUAAUUUCAGGACCACCGCUGACCUGGAGAACACCACAGUCACAUCAGAAACACCAGAGUUUAAAAUGAACCUCAAUUCACAGGCUGAGUCCACUCUAAGAGCCCUCGACUUCACAGUUGAUGCCAGUGCACAUUUUGCUGCCCCCAAAAUGAACCGUUUGUCCAUCUCUGAGAACAUCAAGGUUGUUCAGUCUUCCUUUACACUUGACCACAAGGCAACAAUGACUCUCUAUGGCCUGUCAGGUCAAGCUUCUGCUGAAACUACUGCAAAAGCCACAACUGAGCUCUACGUUGCAGAGCUUGCUAAUAAAGCAUUCUUUGCCGUGGGGGAUGGAGUUUCUGCCUCCAUGGAUACAAGCUACAACCAUGACCUCAACGUGCCACCCCUCAACAUCUUCUCCAAAACAACCAUUAAUCAAAAGACUGUUUUCGGCCUUGAAUCUGGUACCAUCCGCCUGACCUUUAACAACCUGGCCAAUGAAAAAUAUGAUAUUCAGGACUUCUCUGAUGAGGCAAAACACAAGAGUGACAUGGAGGUUACCUUGGAUCUCCACACAGCCAAGUUGACCUUCACUGGAGAGACAGGCAGCAAGCACUUCAAGAUUAAUCAAGAUGUUGUUGCUGACAUAUGCAUUUACCGCCAUGCCAUCAUUGAGGCCAAGUUUGAGACGGAAGCACCUUUCAUAAAGAGCAGCAUUGCAGAGGUCAAGUUUCAGGCUAAGGUUGAAGACAUGAAAAUUGAUUUCACUGCCUCUCACAACACAGAGCUGGAUGGUCAGAUUGAAGGAACUCUGUCAAACUCUGCCCUUGCUUUGAUUACACCUACAGAGCUUAUGUUUGACACCAAGAACAAGGGAAAUGCCAAGGUUUUUCUUCCUUUUGAGCUGACUGGAAAAGUGGAUCUCCAGAAUGACAUAGCUUUUACCCUGAACUCUGAAGUGCACCAAGCAAGCUGGACAGGCCUGGCUCGAUUCAACCAGUACAAAUACUCCCAUUUCUUCUCCGUAGAAAAUGGUGAGAAAGAAAUUAACAUAAUUUCCCAAAUCAGUGGAGAAGGAGAUUUUGAUAUGCUGAAGGAACCUUUCACCAUUCCUGAAAUAACUGUGCCAUUAGUUGACAUGACUAUACCAAAAGUAGAGGAAUUCUCACUCUGGGAAGACACUGGCCUGAGCUACCUCCUGACCACAACUCAGCAGACAUUUGACAUGAACUCCAAGUUAAAGUAUGUUAAGAACCCUGAGAUGAUCACCAUUAACAUUAAUUUGGAUCCAGUCAUCAAUGCCAUUAAUACCAACUUCAAAGCACUUCACAAGAAAGUAUUGAUCAGCAAGGAUAAAGUCGCUACCAUCCUGGCUUCACCUUAUGGCAAAGCCAAGGAAGAGUAUGAAAAAUACAGCAUUGAGCUGCCCAAAACCAUUACAAUUCCAGCCUAUAAAGUUCCAGUGAUGAAUAUUGAGAUGUCCUCAUUCACAAUUCCUGUGCCUGAUGUCACUGUCAUCACAAUGCCCACCCUGCAUGUUCCAUCUGCCCUCAGCAAGAUGACUAUCCCAAAAAUCACCUUGCCCAAAAUUCAGAGCAUCAAAAUCCCUGUAAUGGGUGAUCUGACCUAUGAGUUCACCAUGAAAACAGCUAUUGCCACACUCCAAACUGAUGCCAGCAUCCUAAACCAGGACGGCCUCAAGGUCAAACUGGAUGUCUCCUCAAAAUCCGACUUUGAGCUGCUGGCUGGAAAGAUUGAGGGCACCACCAAUGUUAACACAGUGGGUGAAUUCAAAAUGGCCUCUGCCAUGUAUGUAAAACACUUCCUGCUUGAGGGAAACCAUGAAAGCGAUAUCAUCUUAAGUUUUGAAAAUGCAGAGACAUCCAUCACCAACUCAGCCAAGGUCCAUCUUCCUCACUCCACUAAGGAAAUCUACCAGGUGAUCACUGCAAAUCCAGUGGAAGGCCUUGUUGUCUCCAUGUCCUCUCCAUCUGCAGGACACAUUGCUGUUCAGGUGCAGACCAAGCGUCCAGCACAAGUGAAAGCAAGAGUCUAUGGUCGCUACCCGACUGAGCCAACAACAGACAUUGACAUCUUUGGUGUGAAGAUGUCUGUGGUGGACUCUGAAAUGCUGAACCUUCAGACAACCUGGAACACAGAGAUGCCGUAUGAGAUGAUGCUGGAACUGAAGAAACAUGUGCCCAUGGUCACAGAUAUGGUAUCUGAUACUGCUGCCAUGACAAACAGAAAGAUCAACAGGCUUGUUAGAAGCCUUAAGGGUUCAUUUGAAAAAGCUAGAAAGCAGGGUAAAGCAAUGUUCAGAACAGCUAUCGACUACCUAGCUACAGUAAAUUCCUCUGAUGUUAUGACAACUGUCUCAAGAAAUAUCAUUAUGAUUCUCAGUGAGUACCAAAGGAAAUUUGAUUAUGUUCUUGGCGCUAUUGUUAAAUUCCUAAGAGAGACCAAGUUCCAGAUUCCUGGCUAUAAACAAAGACUCUCUGGACUUGAGGUCUACCAGAAAUGUAGUGCUUUUGUUGCUGAUGUAACUGAGGAGGCUCUUGAAAAGUUUCCAGAGUAUUUUGCCUCCAUGUUUGCUGCAGUCAUUGAUGAAUUCAAAGCCAUUGAAUUCAACCUUCCAGGCUCUGAGCACAUUGUCCGAGGGAAAGAAAUUCUUGAUGACUUGUUUGUAGCUUUGAGGAAAAUCCAGGACCAGCUGAUUGUGACUGUGAGGAAACUUGGUGAAAUCCAGUUAGAUGACAUCUUUAAGAAAAUUGUAACAUUUCAGGGGUUUGCUAUUCAACAAAGUGAGAAGCUUCUCCAAACUCUUAAAUCUCAAAAUGUAAAGAACAUCUCCGGCUUUGUGUCUGAUGUUUACAAUGAUGCCAUUAACUCCCGCAUUCUGGCUGAUGUUGUCGAGCAGGUUGAAGAAAUCCACAGAGUCAUUGUGGAUUACCUGAAAUCUGUGGCAAAUAACAUCCAAAACAUUUUGGCUGACAUGUCCACUGAACAGCUUAGAGCUGACAUCCAGUCUUGGAUUGAUUCAUCAGUAAAACGCAUUAACACUUUCCACAACAAUGUCAUUAGGAACCUUCAAGAAAAGAGCAAGAACAUUGAACCAUAUGUGAGAGUAGGUGACAGAAAAAUAGAUGUUGACAUUCCCCUACCAUUUGUUGUCAGAUUCAACUAAGUGACCAUGACUAAAAGAAAAAUUAAAACAGUGUUUCUAUUAUCUACUUCUCUUUUGUAACCAACAACAUAAUAGUGAAUGUAUUCUCAAAACAAAAACUAAGCUAUAUGAUAACAAGGAUGUCUUAUUAUACUUGUCUCUUUGCUGUUUUCCACAUAAUUUUGCUUGCUCUGUCAUAGUAGGCAAUUGUUCUGUUCCCUCUGUGUUUCCUUUGUGUCAUGUACUAUUUAAAACCCCAUGUGGGUAUCAAUAAAUACAGUUUGUACUGCA